CCGUCCGCCACCGGCGAGCGCGCCCGCGCGCCCGCCACGGCCCGAGGCUCGAACUGUAGGUGACGGGACCGAGCGGAAGACUGAGUUUGCAGCGGUACUGCCAAGGAUCCCGGCGCGGUGGGCCGGCUCGCCCGGCGGUGCUCCGGCACCGCACGGACGGGAAGGAGCCGUUCGCCCACGCCACGCGGCGGGCUUCCCGAAGCACGACGUUUCUCACGCCCUGCGAUCACGGCGGGGCACGGGACCCGGCCCUCUGCAUGACACGACGGCCGACGUUGGGUGCCUCUCCGGAGCCCCGGCGUCCGGGCCCCCCCCCCUCCCUCCGGCGGCGGAGGCUACCUGGUUGAUCCUGCCAGUAGCAUAUGCUUGUCUCAAAGUUUAAGCCAUGCAUGUCUAAGUACACACGGCCGGUACAGUGAAACUGCGAAUGGCUCAUUAAAUCAGUUAUGGUUCCUUUGAUCGCUCGCCGUUACUUGGAUAACUGUGGCAAUUCUAGAGC